UGUCCCAAAGCUCUGGAUGUCUCUGGGAACCCAGCAAGAUUCCUUCUGCCACUGUGCUUGGCGGCGUGGGAUGUUUGUUCCUUCCUUGUACUGAGGGUUGUGGUGGAUCAGUCAUUCUGGGAAAAUGCAAGAUUUAUCUGAAACUAAAGCAGUCCCUCACUUGGAACGCCUUCCUUCAGCUUCUCAUCACAGCUCCAUUAUGGUCACUCUCGAGGAUCGAGACCUCUGGAACAAGUUUCACCAAGUGGGAACUGAGAUGAUUAUCACAAAAUCUGGACGACGAAUGUUUCCACAGUGCAAGGUUAGAGUCUCUGGCUUGAUCCCUUAUGCCAAAUAUCUGAUGCUUGUAGAUUUUGUGCCAGUAGACAACUUCAGGUACAAGUGGAACAAGGACCAGUGGGAAGUGGCUGGCAAAGCAGAACCUCAGCUCCCUCGUCGGACGUACGUGCACCCCGACUCUCCUGCCCUGGGCAGUCACUGGAUGAAGGAACCCGUCUCCUUUCAGAAGCUCAAACUGACCAACAACACCUUGGACCAGCAAGGCCACACUGUCCUUCACUCAAUGCACCGCUACAAGCCUCGCUUCCAUGUCAUCCAGGCAGAUGACCCCUUCAGCGCCCACUGGAGCCCCUUCCAGACAUUCAGCUUCCCAGAGACAAUUUUCACCUCUGUCACUGCGUACCAAAAUGAGAAGAUUACAAAACUUAAGAUCUACAACAAUCCAUUUGCAAAAGGCUUCCGAGAACAUGGGAGGAACACACGCAGGGAGGGGCGAGGCCAGAAGAAUAGUCCAGCGAAAGGUCAGAAGAGAACACUUGUGGAAGAACCCAAACCUGAUGUAGACAAACUGGACUUGGAAAGGAGUGAAAACAUGGUGGUGAAGGAAGAGAGCCACAUCAUGCCAGUCAGUAGCAGCUGCCCCUUCUGGGUCUCAGAGCAAAACAGCAGCCACACCAUCUCUACGCAAUCUCCAGCUCCAGGGGAGCACACAGAACCGCCUGCACAAAAACAGCAUAUGCCAACACCACCAUCUUCCUCCCAGGGAUACAGGUCCCAUGAGAUGGGGAGUAGUCCACCUCCAGCCCCUCUCCAGGACAUCCCAGCACUCAAUGAGUUUCGGGCCAGACCUCACACGUUGGAUAUGGCCAUGAUUCCUGAUCAGGAUGCCAAACAGGUUUCAGAAGGUUUGGCCAAUCUGCCACCGCUUUCCAUCCCUUUUCCACCUCCGCAAGAUUAUUCUGGUAUGGUUGGUACAGCAGUAGAUCCUGCUGGAAAACCUGGACUCCGAAGGCCUGUGUACAGCCCCUACGCCCCUGAUCAAAACCUCAACCAAUGGAUGGUUCCUCCACCUGCCCAAUACAGGGCUGUAACCUAUUCUGCAUUUUCCACAGACUACAGUACACAGGUGGCCUCAGGACCCACCCAUGGCAAUAUGGCCGACUGGGGCCAAUACUCUUUGUUUCCCUAUGCCUGCUGGUGAAGAGCAAGGAGGCAAGUCCAUAGUGGAAGAAAUGCCAAGGACCCCAAAAUGGGAGCCACCUGAAACCUGCUGUAGACCAGCUGUAAAAGUGUUGCAGUUCAUACAGUCUGAACGGGCUCCAUCCCACAUACUGCAGGGGUUAGUUUGGAACUUAUGCUAGCCUUUACAAGCUGUACUGGGAGACCCAAAAUGUCACUUUUACCAACUCUCAAUAAAAUGACAGAACAUU